GCAAGUUUUGCUACUGCUUUAUCAGAAUUUUCAGCAUUUUUCAGCGCAAUUUUUAUUUUGCAUUGCGAUUUUUUCAAACCAAUCAUAGUAAAAGUUAUCUUUUACUAGGGGUGCGUAUGUGUAGUGUAAACUUAUAUAUUUUUUGCAAACAUCUACUAAGUUUUAGUUGUGUUUAUUUGUUGGGCGCGUGUCACUUAAAUAGUAAUUAGUAGCCAGAGGCUAUCGACUUACAUUUGGUGUCAUUUAUUUUUUUUGCACUAUUAGUGAGAAAAGUGGUCUUGUCCACAGACAUAUGGAUGUUUGCAGACGUCAAUGUCCUAGGUGCCUUUAUUAAAUAAGUUUGUGCAAUUAUAAAGUGUUUCAAAAGAUUUAUACGCCACAAUAAUUAAUCCACUGACCGCCGGUAGUUAUUGCAUCGAUUUUGCAACAUACUCAACAAAAACCAAUAACAACAAACGAUACGAAGAAAAUAAUAAAUAUACAUAUACAAACAGUUUGUUGUGAAUAUGGCAUAUUGAAUUGUAAAGUGUCACCGUCAAUUAAUUUGCAUCAGCCUAGUUGUUGAAUAAACAAUCUUUUUUUUAUCAACUGUUUUUGUUGAUGUUUUCUGUAGUCAGUAGUAGUGUGAGCGGUGGAAGCGGCGGCGUUGGCGAUGAGAAGCGUCUUGACGCAAUGAACGCUGUUUGUGUAUAUGUUUCGACAGCGCAACUAGUGCUUCAAGUCGAUACGACGGAAAGCAGUGGGCUUGGUGAGCAGCGUAUGCUUGACAUCAGUCGUUUGUUUGGCCAACUAAGGCAGCUACUUUCCUGUGCUGUGUGUGCUCGCCUCUUAAAUGAUCCUUAUGCGCCACUCAACAAUGCGCGCUGCCAUCACAACGUAUGUCGACUCUGUGUACGUGGUCGGAAGGCAUUACGGCCAUUGUGUAUUAGUUGUAAGGAUCUGCAAGACUUCAAGACGUAUGCUGAAAAUAAAACAAUGCGUUGCCUGCUGCUUUGCUACAAAAGCCUUUGCGAACACCUAUUGGCUUCAAACUGUUAUAAUCAGCUAAGUCGCCAGAAAGCACACCAAGCAUUGACAUGUAGCGGCGAGAAUGUGUUUGGUGUGGCGCCAAUGCCACACAUGACAACUUGUGGCGACAUCAUACAAGAGGGUGCAAGAUACGAUGAUAUAUUAAACGCUUUCAAUGCUGACUUACCACAAACCAUCAAGUUACCAAAUACACUUCUAACAAUGCCAGCUGUAGUAACAACCAGCAUUGCAAACCAAUCAACUCCCCAAUCCGUUAAUGUUGUAACACCGUUAGCGCCAUUAACAGUGCCUCAGAAAAGGGUGCAGAACCAACCUGCGCCGCGCUUAACCACGCCUCCCAACCCACCUGCUGCGUCCACGAGUAAUUCCCCAGCCUUAACUAAUCAAAACACGUUUGUCAAGCGGGAGCAAUCAAACACUCAUAUCGCAACUAUGAAUAAUAAUGCACACAUAAUUAUGACAGCGAAAUCUAACGCCACACAACCGCUACAACAUCAGACCCAGGCUCAAACGCAUAUGUUAUAUGUGAAAAGUAUAAAAUCUGGCACUAGUGAAUCUAACAAUAUACCAACGCAGCAUUUGGGAACUUCUCAAUCAACUGCGGUCACGAGCCAUAGCAGUAUGGCUGUAUUAUCAGCAUCACCAACAAUCACAUAUGUUGGCCCAAACACGCCUGGUAUUGUAGUGCCGAUGGUCUCCUCAUCCGCCACAACCACUGCACCCUUGACGAUAGCAUCGGCCAAACUUCAAUCCCUAAAACGUCAACUUGCACAAGCGCAAGCACGCGGCGGCGCACCAAUUAGUUUAGCUUCCGCUGUAAAAGCGGCUGGUUUGAUGAACGCAGAUGCGCAUGCGCCGCUGACAUUCAAAGUUUCUGCGACGUCAACACCUGCAAGCUCCGCAAUUAUCGCUUCGGCUACAGCUGUUACAGCCGCAAGCACAAACUCGAUAGUAAGCGCCACGACAGCAACAACAACAACCACUGCCACAGUCACUUCACAACAAAUACGUAACCCGCCUUCCAUAAAAACCGUGUCCAAUGGUUCGGCAAUGUAUUCCGUGUUGUAUACCGGCGUAGGAAAUAAGAUAACAAUUAAACGGAAGACAGAUGGUGACGAAGAAAAUGGACAGAGGAAAAGUAUUGCUACCUCAAUAUCGAAUGCACCAACGGCUACUUCCACGCCUGUGGCUACCAGCAAUUCGGUGGUGGGUACAUCCCAAGGCCAACAACAGCAGCAACCACAGACACCCGCAAAUAAGUUGAAUGCAAAACGUCGCGGUUGUCGUUGCGGCAAUGCGACACCUACGCCUGGCAAGCUGACUUGUUGUGGUCAACGGUGUCCCUGCUAUGUAGAUUCCAAGUCUUGCAUCGGCUGCAAAUGUCGUGGCUGCAGAAAUCCCCAUCGGCCGGAUGGCGGUAAAGUGCGGCCAGUCAUACCCGAACUUGCUUGUUAUGAGAUACAGGUAGCUGACGAGACUCCAAGCUUAAGUCCGAGUGACAUGCAUGUGAGCAACAUCAUGACGUCACGUGCGCAUACCACUUCGACGGCAACAGCAACCUCUCCUUUACAGAUUUCAGCGCAUCAGCAGUCAACAACAAUAGCAUCCGAACAGCAGGUCACAACCACCACAGUACUGCCAUCGUCAUCGUUGGCAACUGUGUCUUCACAACUGCAUUUAGCGCCUAGCUCCUCGUCACCCUCUUCCAAAGGCGCCACACUGAUACCAUUCAUUAGUUUGCAUCCUAUAUCGUCACAGCAAUCGCAACAACAGCAAACACAAACUGUCACCACAAUUAACGGUAAUCAGCAGCAAGCGAAUAUUUUGCCAAUGGAAUCGGUGAUCAUACAAAAUGCCGAGGGUAAAUAUCAAGUUGUGAAUGUUCUAACGACGGGUCAGGGCCAACAUCAACAUAAUAGCUCCAGUAUACAGCGCAUCCAUAGUAUUCCUCAGCUGCAGGUAACUUCAUCAACUGCUAGCAGCAGCAACAACAACAAUAACAACAACAGCAACCAUAGCAACACUCUGCUGAACAAUAUGACAACAGUCAACAUUUUGUCAAACGCAGGCGUCAGCAACACGCUAACAUCGCCCACAACUGUAACAACAAAGGUCACACCACAAAGUGUACUCCUACACCAACAGCAGCAACGUCUGCAACAACAGCAACAACAACAAAAGCAUAAUCAACAACAAUUACAUGCGCAGCGGCUGGUCUCCUCUAACAUAAUCGCGACAUCCAUUAAUAAUACAACAACUGCGGCAGUAAAUAAAAAUGCAGCCGCAAACACAAUAUCCAUGCAAUUGCAACAACACCAUCAUCAUCAACAGCAACAAGCACAACAAGCGCAACAACACAACAAUCAUGCACAUAACCAACAAAUAAAAUCAAAUAUAAUCACAAUGCGUCCAACAGCCGUUAGUAAUAAUAGCAACAUGCACCACGCACAAAAUCUUACACCAAUUUUCACAACACAAGCCAACGCGACCACCAUAACCUUGUCACCCAUUAUUAUGUCCUCAUCAUCCAACACUUUCAAAACGGAAAUGUACUCCGAUGCCUCUGAAUCGGAAUAUUUGAAUAUCACCACCGGCGCUGUAACUUCAACGUCAGUUGGAAAUAGCGUUGUUGGCAACACACACAACAACACCAACAUCAACUCCAAUAUGCUAUCGACAAUAUAUAGCCAUAGUGGCCUAACAAGUAGCGCGCCAACAACAACACGCAUCACAUCAGUGCCGUCGCUGAGUAGCGGCAGUACGGGCAGCACAAGUGGCAGCACCAGUCGCAUGAGUUUGGGUAUGAAUAUGAACAUCGGCGGUGCGAGUGCACACCUAACACCCGCUUUGGUGGAGGUAAUCGAAGCGAGUGAUAUGUAGUUUAAGGGGGAAAUUAUGGAAGUAGACAUGUAAAUUGGAGAGAUAUUAUCAAAAGAAGACAGCUGUUAAGAAGCGACGGUUGUCUUCAAGUGUACGGUAGAUUUUCAAUAGAGAAAAAUGUUAAUUAGUUUAGUAGUGAAAAUUACCGCCAUGUGAUUUAAUUGAAAAUUAAUAUGUGUAUAUUUGAAAAUUUUGCUGUUGAAAUGUAAAAAUGCGCUAACUGUCACUUUUAUUGCAAGUAGUUUAAAAAAAAAAACUUUUAUGAAGAAACUAUAGCCAAAGAAAUGGAUUUAAAAAUCUCAUAUUAUUCUAGCGUAAAAAGCAAAUGAAAAAAAUCGCUUAAUUUACACAAGGAAUAUUUCAGUCAGCAAGCUAUGUAAGUGCAAUAGAAGCAAAAAUUUUGUAUAUUUUUAGUUCAAACGGUUAACGGUUGUCAAUUAGCGCCUUUUCAUAUAGCAACAGUGAUUUAUAUAAAGAGUAUAUACAUAUAUAUAUAAUUGGCGCUUUGUAAGCGCCUAAGCUAUUUUCGGCCGA